ACCUUACCAACUCAUUUCAACUGAAAGUGAUGGCCGAUACAGUUUUCAUAAGAUGUAAUGUAAUGAUUUAGGUCGAUCGUUAAUCAGUCGUMACUGAUCGAAUUCUAGUCGGAGGGCGCUAAUGUUCCUCUCUCUCCGAUGCAAAACAAAACCAAAACAAAAAAAGAAGAUAAAUAAAUAGUCACCAUGAAAUAUCCUUUAUCACUGGUCUUAAGAGGAAGCGAAAAAUGAAAUGCAGACCAGACAAACUACAUUGUUUGAUUUCGUAAAAUGAUCGGUUGUUCGGGAGCCUCUCAUCGGUCGGUCGGUCCACAUGGUCCACACGGCACACAUCGAACUCGCUUCGCUUAGCCACCAUCUUUUGUUAACUGAAAUAACUUCAACUGUUUGGUUGAUUGAGAUUCGUUAACAGCUGAGUUUCGUUGCCAAAAUGCCUAAUGUGAACAUAAAGAAAGAAAAGGAGGAUAACUCUUACAGUGAUGAUCGAACUGAGACAUCAAAUAAUCCAGUUCAAGCUCGAGUGGUGUCUCUGAAGUCAACUAAGGCUCCAGUCAAAGGUAAAUCUUCUUCAAACAACUUGAAGGCAAUAAAAGUAAAAACUUUGCAGGAGAUCAAAGAGGAGAAGAAGAAAGGUGWCCUUGUGAAGUCAAGUAGUGCUAACCAAACAGGGAAAAAUGCUCGGCCGGACAUUACUUUGAGGUCUUUGUCAGUCCCAGUGUCCUUGAUGUGUCUUCAUACUGAAUAUCCUGGCAAACGUACAUUUAGAGUUAGAUCUUUGCCAAACAAUGUUAAAAUCAAGAAAGAACCUGYAGAUGAAGCAGAAAAUAGCGAGCCUGCACAAUUGUUAAAUAGUGUUACUUUUUCUUCUGUAAAAGUUAAGCAAGAAAGUGAAGAUGAUUUGGAUUACAAUAGGGAAGCUAUAGUCAAUACUGUGUGUGAUGACAUGAAUGCCUUGUACAACAACAGAAAGGAGAAUUUGGCAUCAAUUGGUGAUGCUUCAAAUUCAGAUUUAACUUCUGAAGAAAGCAGUUUUGACGGCCAUAUAUAUGGUCCAAGUAUUGACUUUAGUGAUGUUCCAAGGGGGACCCCUCAGGAUGAGGACAGCAUGUCACUCUUUGCAGACGAAACCUUUGAAGAGGAAAGUGAACUGGACGAGCUGACAAGGAAAAGUGAGCACCUGAGAAAGCAAGCCCAAUCAGAAAAUUUUACAGAUCUUCGUGAAACUUUGGAACAAAAUCGUUCUUUACAAAGAAACACUUCACAYGAAGAUGAAUUUGAUAGACAAUGCAGAUUAGCACCAGAGCAAAUUUCAGUAAACAGACAUCACCAUAAAGGAAAGACAUAUGAAAACAAGAAUCGACGAAGGAAAAAAUUAGAAAAACAUGGGGACAGAGUACAGCAAGGAAAUAAAAGCAUGCAAGCGCUUGAUGAACUAGCAAGAGCACAGAUGUUGUUUAACGUYGUUAAGAAGUACACAGUCAAGCAAGGUGUAAUUCCUCAAAAAAAGACUCAGCCUGAUGCAAAUGUAAACGGUCAUUAUGAUAUCAGUAAUAAUAAUUUCAGACAACCUGUUCCCACAGUAACACCACAGGAAUUAAAAAGAAGACCUCCAGUGCCUGGAGGGAGAGGGUUCUUUGAAGAUCUACAUGUAACAAAAGAAGCAACUGUGAAUGGAAACUUAGAUGAUCUGCCUAUGUCUUGGAAUAAAAAAGAAGCUUUUAAAGAUAUAGACUUGACAGGGAGUGUUAUCAAUAACAAGACUAAYCGUAAUGAAGCAAAAAGUUAUAAUACUUUAAAAAGAAGAAGCACUGAAGAAGUUACUAGUAAUUGCAGUGAGUCAGAACCUAAAGUACCUAAAAGAACACAAAAUACAGGACAGGCUGAUAGUACACAACCAUAUCACCACAAAAGACCCAAACAACUUUACUGUAACACUCAGAUGCAGCUUGGAAAGUGUGACUUUGCUUUCUGCAAGUUUAAACAUUUGACAGAAAGUGAACUGAAGGAGUAUAAAACCACAGGGGAAAUGAAAGAUCAGAUUCCUCUUGAAAAAAACAGAAGUGAAAACAAGGUGGAGACCCCAAACUAUGAAAUUAAUACAGACCAUUCAAGUGAAGUUAGUGAAGAUGAUGAUGAACAAAUGUACAAAGGAYUAAUGGUAGCAGCAAACCAGGCAAUGGAUUGUAGGAAAUUAAGGGAAGCAUUCCAGAUUAUUCUCUAUCUGUAUGACACUGUUCCAAACAAUCACCAUUCCUUGAUUCCACUUGUGGAGAGACUACUUGUUCUUUGUGGUGAAGAGAAUGUAGAUUUGCAAGUUGCUGCUCAGGUGUCAGCUCAGGCAUUUGACUUGAUUCCUAAAGUUCGUGGUGACUACAACCGUCAUGACUUUACUAAUUUGAUACGCUGUCUCUGUCAAACAGGGCAGUACAUAAGGGCUUAUGAAGCUUUGGAUGAAAUGAAAGCUUUGAAUUUAAGUCCUACUCAUGAGGUUUUUCUGGACUUGAUCAAUUCAUCACAUAAACAUCCUUUAAGGGCAUUUGAGCUGUUAGAUGAAAUCAAAUCACUUGGCUUGUUUAGAUCAAGUAUCUGCAGUAACCUUAUUCUGUUGAGCUGCAAGGCAAAGGUGCCAUUAGUAGGAAGGACAUGGGCACUAUUCAAGGAUAUGAUGGAUAAAUCAGUAAAACCAUCCAAAGAGUCAUUUCUGGCACUUCUAGAUCUGUUAGCAGAUAAUUAUGAAGUUGACAAGCUGCUCCAAGCAUUGGUUUUGUAUGAUGAUAACACAGUCCAACCCUCUGAGAAGUGCAACAAACUUGUCAUUAAACAUUCAAAAGACAAUUCAGAUAUGGUGUCUCAGUGUGUUAAAAGUGUUUCAGAAAUGCAACAACCACAAUUGGAUGAUGAGACUUGGAAUGACCUUCUAUCUAAUUGCUAUUCCAAAACUUUCAAUCUUUCAAUGAAAGCCCAGCAGGUUCAAAACUUGAUGAAGAAGUUCAACAUACCUUUUUUAGCUCAGGGCUACAAUGGGUUGUUGUGUUCUCUUAGUGAAGCAAAUCUAACAAUGGCAGCUAUUGAUGUCAUCAAGGAUGUAAUCAAUGACAACAUUAGCUUGGCUGAGUGCAAGCAGGGAAUGACAGCAGCUGUGAAUGCUUUAAUGAGAAAUAAACAGUUAGAAGACUUGACCAACAUCAUCCUUUUACUGAUAGAUCAUGGCAUUAUGGUUGAGGAAAAACCUCUAUUAACAGUUCUUCAAGCUUUGGAAGCAAGUCAAGCAUAUGAAAAAAUGCAUCAAAUUUUUAAGAAGUGUGAAAAGGCAAGCUUAACGAUGACUGUAGCAUGCUUCAGAAAAAUUUAUUUAUCUCUGGAAAAGUGGGCUCAAAACCCAGCUGCCUCACUGGAUGUCUACACAACAAUGAAGCUAGCUUACCCUAUUAUACCAGACUCAUCUGAUUCAGAAAAAAGACAUGAAGGAAAUUCCAAAAGACCUAUAUGCAAGUACUUUUUUGCAAAUAGAUGUAAUUUUGGUUCCAAAUGUAGGUUUUCACAUCCUGCUCAUUCUUCAGAUGAAGAAAGCACUAGCAUACCAACAGAACAAAGCAACCCAUUUGUAUUGCGAGCCACUAUUCCAAAAGAGACAGUAUUGCCAGCCCCACCAUUACCACCACCACUACCACCCCCAUUUUCUCUCUCCAUGAACCCACUGAUUACAGUUGCAUCAUUUCCACCUGUUGUUGAACCAUGGAAAAUACCUACCUCUCAAGCUAAUCCUAAGGAGAAUUGUAUACCUAAUUCCUCAAGCCUUCCACAUAGUACAAGCCCGGAUUUAUCUUCUCUAAAACAAGAAAGAAAGCCUAGUAGUAGCCAAAUUAUAGAUGAUCUGAAGACAGAGGUUUACUUAUAUGAAGAUAGGAUAAAUGCUGCUAAAGAAGAACAAAACUUUGAAGAACUCGCGAGAAUAUAUGUUGAAAUGAAAAAUGACAAAAUCCCAGUUUGCAAUGAGAUGCUGAGAGUUUUCUAUUCAUCAUUCACAUCAUUUAGUAACAUUGGAGAGUCACUUUCAAGUUUUGUAGCUAUUAUCGAUAUUCAGCUAGAUAAUCCAGAUUGUGAUGAGGCUGAAAGUAGAGAGUCUCUUGAUAGUGAAGAUCAUAAGUUCAUUGGUGAGCUUGGAGUUGCAUUAAUGCAGUUAUGCAGAAGUCAACAACGACUAGAUGAAGGUUAUUUGGUGCUUCAUGUACUUCACCAGUACAGCAUCAACUAUUUCCAAUAUCCAGCUUCCUUUGUGCCAACUGAUAAGGUUCUCUCAUCUCCAAGUAUAGCACUACUAGCGGCAGAUAUGUGUCUUUGUUUGGAAAAAGAUCCUCAAUAUGAUGGUGCAAUAGAAGUUCUUAGGGGAUGUAAUUAUGCACUACCCCAGGAAGAAAGUUAUCUUUCCAUUGAAGAAACAGAGAAAAGACGUGACACAAUCCAUAAGAUCAUUGGUCAUUAUUUGAGUAUAAAAGAAUAUGACAUUGUUUAUGAAUUUCUUAAACAUGUUGGGGACAGUGAUGUAUUUGGGAUUCCCACUUUAAAGACAAUGUACAAURAGUUGCUCAAAGGGUACAUUGAUGAAAAGAAAGUUGAGGAUGCAAUUUCUGUAAUUGGUGAGAUGGAAUCUGAACUUAUUCCAAGAGAUACACAAGUACUAAGAUCUCUUGUAACGUGCUUGGGUAGUAUUGGACGUUUUAUGCAAGCAAAGGAAAUUUUUAGGAGCAGUUGUUUACAAGGUGCUUAUCCUCCAUUCCCUCAAGGAACUGAUCUUUGGCAUGCCACAGUAUGGGCUAGUUUUUCAAAGUUUGAGGUGCACUUCUAUUUAGAGCAACAUCUUCAACUCCUUAAUAAACAUGUUGAACAACAGAGAAUUGCAAGUCAAAUGCCAUAUGAUGAACAACACCUGAGGAAACUUAGRAUCACUAUUGCCAGUGAAGAAAACACGUCAGCUGCAAACUUAAAAAUUGUGAAGGAAGUUCAGGAGAGGGUGAUUGAAAUUCUAGGCAGUGAGUUUAACCCUCCUCUUAGUUGUGGAAUAUCCGAUGUAAUUGGGGAAGUAUUAGUGAACCCUCGCAGUUUAAAAAGAUGGUUUAUAGCAAACCCAACACCAGAAAGUCAGAGGUCACCAAGUAAUUCUGAUUCCAAUGAGAUACAUCAAAGAAAUGUGUCUGCCACAGCAGGAAAUAUUUCAGUAAGAGUUGAUAUGCAAAACGAGAAUUCUGUUGAACAUUUACAGAAAGAGAAAAUUAGGCACACCAUUUGUGGUCAGCUUACAAGGCACAUGCGGAAUGGAGUGAUUGUUAAUAAGGAGGAGUUCAAGCAAUAUGCUCACAUUAUUCUUGAGGAUUACUUCAAGCAGAACAUUAUUCCUGCUCAAUACAACAGGGAACAGCGAACAAGAGUCAUCAGAUUUGUAGAAAAGUAUUUUGAUAAAGGCACAAACCAUACUUAGUUAUAUUCGUUUUCAAUUUAGCUAGAAAUAAUCUUUGUAAAUGUUUAGAACUUCUUUCUUUGCAACUCACACACACAAACAAGCAAUGUUGUACACAGCAAGUGUAUGCAUGCUUUCUUUGUGCUUGUUGUAUGAUUACAUUAACUACAAUGACAAAGAAUUUUGUUUUCAUAAUAUUGAUGUCAAAGAUUAAUAACUCUUCAUUUUGAGAUGUGAACAAUAAAGAAUGAUACAGAACCCUCUAUUACACUUUUUAAUUGUCAUCUUGAUAUCCAUAACAACUGUUUUCAACAUUUUGAGGUAAAUAGGUGAGGAAAUUGCUAAUUUUAAAUAAAUGUCACUUUGAUGCAAAAUGUAAGCAUAAUAGACAUGAAUUCCCUUUAAAACAGACACAYGCCAAAAUGAAUCAUAUCAAAAUGUAAAAAAGCUGAAUAGGAUUGAUAUUGAACGAUUUUGACCCUGUUCAGAAUAGUGGMUUUGCUGCUUCUUGAAUAUGGGUUUAAUCUUUUUGUUUUUGAUUCCUCUGUUGUCAAACUGAAGAGGAAGGCAUUUUAUGAUCUUUCUUUGCCAAGAAAUCGUGAUGAAAGCUAUAGUUUAUAUUAUCGUUUAACUUAAUAAAGGAGACUAUUCCUCCAAUUUUUCUGAAAUGAUGCAAUAUUUUGUAAGAGCAUCCCAGGUAAUCCUUUUUAUAGUCAAGUGCUUUGUUGAGAAGAACUUUUCAGCAAAUAGGAUAUUUCAACAUUUUUUAACUCAAUAACAUUUGCUCUACUUUUGAGGUUGAUCUAAUGUUUGUCCUCAAAGUUGAUAAUAUCUUUAAAAAAAUUGAAUAAAUUCGUAAACUGAUAAUAAACUUUGUCURUAUUAUUUGCAUGUGAUUGCCAAGACUUAUGAAAUAAAAGUAUUUGUUCAUGUUAUUAAAUAUUUUGCUCCUUGAACACUCCUAUCUUUCCAAAAUACUGUUGCUACCACACAAACCCCAGAUAMCAUUGACACAUACCCUAUAUACCAUAUUUCAUUGACAUACUAUUCAUCUGUGUUUCUAUUAGACCUUUUGUAAAUAGGACUUAUGGAACUGCCUCUCUCAGGAGGAUACUGAAAUAUUGCUUCAUGCUUUUGUAACCUCGAAACUAGAUAGUUGUAAUCCCUAAUGAUUGGACAGCUGCAAUACUAAUUAUAUAAGGUGCACAUGCGCAAUGCCGCUGCACUCCUUGUUUCUUGAUCAAGCAAAUAUCAAAGAAUAAUAACCCUAACCCUCAAUGGCAGGAAAUUUGCAUGUGCAUGCGCUAAAACCGCUGGUACACGUCUGCAAAUUGCAGAUGCAAUUAUAAUUAUUUUGCGGUUUUGAUACUUUGGAGUACAGAAAGAAUUUGCAAGUGUUAAAUAGUAUUUGAGGUAUUAACUGUUGAGAACAUAGGUCCUCAUCAUCUAUUUAGUAUUGUAACUGAAAAUUUAGUACCAAACAAUAGGCAAUGACAAGGUUGAUGGUAUAUCGUGUAUAAAUUGAUCUAAAAGUCAAUGUUCMCCGCUUUUUAAAACAUAUAAAUAUGAGAUAUAUAUUCUCGAAGCGAUGAAGAAACCAUUUUGCAGCAAAGGCGUGCAUUUGUAUAAAAUAUUGGGGCAAAAAGAAAUACCGAAACGAUCGCAAUAAUAUUAACUUGAUAUACCUGACUUCAAUGAACAAGCAACUGAUGCAUGCGCAGAAGAACUCCAUCAUGCUAAAAAUCAUCCAAUAGCACAAAUCUUAACUGACUAGAAAAUGUGAAGACAAAUAAAAUGCCAAAAGCAUCAUUUUCCAUUUUACAAAAAAAUGUUGCCUGACGCGAGGAAAAUGCAGCACUGAAAAAAAA